UGCAGCGAUUGCACUUGUUCCUAAAGGGUGUGGAGGGCACAGAGGAAGGAAGGGAGAGCAGGUGAGGGCGGCAGAGAGAGCCACAGGGAGGCAGACACCGACACCUAGCCAGUAACUGUGAGUGCAGGAGAGAGGGAGAGACAGACAGCCGGCUCUCAAUGGGCAAGUCUCUGUGAAGCGCAGCCUACCUGUUGGAGCUCAUUGCGGGAGACUACCGUGCCCGACCCACGCUGAUCUCGGAUCUGCGGGAAAACCCAUUACACUUGCGAGGCAUGAACAGCCCAAACAUGUCUCCCAGACUAUUGCUGUGCGCAGUUUUGGCUGUGUACCACGGGACGCAAACCUGCAGUGGAUUUAACAUAGAUGAACGGUUUCCUGUGAUCAAAGAGGGGAAAACCAAAGGGAGCUUCUUUGGAUUCUCAGUCGCUCUGCAUCACCAGACGGAGGGCUCCAGAAAGUACCUGCUUCUUACAGGAGCACCCAAAGAGAAAGCCAAUUCUCUACCAAACGUCAAUGAAACAGGUGCCGUCUACUCCUGUCCCAUUACAACAGAAACCACAGACUGCUCCAGAAUGGACCUGGUCAGCACAACAAAUCCAUCUGAGAUGGUGGAGGGCAUGUGGCUUGGUGUGACGGUGGCCAGUCAGAGAGACCAGCCGGCAGGACGCGUGCUGGCAUGCGGGCAUCGCUAUGUAAAGAUCAUCCAAGGUGGCAACGAGGAGCAGCGACGGAUGACAGGAAAGUGUUAUGUCAGGGGCAACGACCUGACCUAUGACCCCAAUGAUCUCUGGCAAGAAUACAAUUAUGAGGUCUGCAACCCCACCUUUGACAUUGAGUAUGAGGGCAUGUGCAACAUGGGCAUCUCAGCCGGCAUGACAGACACUGAUGUGUACAUCGGUGCUAUAGGCAGCUACUUGUGGCAAGGAAAUGUUCAUGUAACGUGGAGGGAUCCAGAUCCAGCGAAUGCCUGGGACACCUCAAGCAAAAACUUUGGACAGCUGAACAAACGAUACAGUUAUAUGGGUUACUCAGUUCUUGAGGAGAAGAAGCUGCUGAGCCAUGACGAAUACACAGUGGUGACAGGGGCUCCCAGGAAAGAUUCCAAGGGCUCUGUGAUUUUUGGGAGAAAGGCUGUGGACGGCCUCAAGUCAGUGCUCAUUAUCCCCGGGGAACAAGUGGGCUCGUACUUUGGAAACAGCCUGGCUGUCACUGACCUCAACAAUGACGACUGGAAUGAUCUGAUCGUGGGAGCCCCAUUCUACUUUGACCGUAUGAAGGAUGAGGGAGGAGCAGUGUAUAUUUACAUGAAUGAGAAUGGAUCAUUCCAAAACACUGCCACCAUGGUGCUGAAGGGUCCAUCGGCCUCUGCGUUCGGCAUAGCAGUGGCAGCCAUCGGCGAUAUCAACCAAGAUGGAUUCCAAGACUUUGCAGUGGGAGCUCCAUUCCACGACACAGGAAAGGUCUACAUAUGGAUGGGAAGUAAAAAGGGAAUCUCAAAGGAGCCCAGUCAGGUGAUCGAGGGGAAGUCAGUGGGAAGUGGAGGAUUCCGCACCUUCGGCUACUCCAUCAAUGGAGGGAUGGACAUGGAUGACAACAGUUACCCGGACAUCUUGGUUGGCUCUUUGGAUGACCGGGUGGCCCUGCUCAGGGCUCGACCAGUCGUCCACUUAACUACUGACUUCAAUGUCAAGCCAGACAUUGUAGACCCAAAUCAGUGUGGGAGCUCACCAUGCAUCACAGCGACUCUGUGUAUGUCUUUCACUCUGAGCAAUGGAAACAAAGACUUUAAGAAAAAUGCCACGGUGAAGUACACGGUGGAGGCCGACGUGCUGAGGAUAAGAAGCGCUCGUGUUCGUUUUAAGGACAGUAAUGAUGACACAUACACCGGCUCCCUGAACCUGCCAUCCUCCAAAACCAAAUGUCAAACUCUGAAACUAUUUGUAGUGACGCCUUUGAGGGACAAACUGGAGCCAGUGAUCUUUAACCUCAGCGUGUCCUUACAUGAACAAAAACCUAAAGCAAGACGCUCCCUGCAGAACCUGGACUCGUACCCAAUCCUCAGCCAGGAGCAGAAAGUCACCGAAAGAGCUGAGAUUCACUUUCAGAAGGAGUGUGGUUCAGACAACAAAUGUAGCAGCAACCUGCAGCUGACGGCCCAGUUUGGCGAUGAACAUGAAAAUCCUUACCCCAGGCAAGGGAAAUUCCAGAAACUUCAGUUCAACAGCUCUGUAAAGAUAAUAGCGAUGAUGGUGGAGGUUACCAACUUACCUGCUCUAGGGAAGCUGGCUGAAGACGCCCACCAGGCCACGCUGAACAUCACCAUCCCUAAUGCACUAAGUUACUCUGGCGUCAGGGCCUCGGACCACGACAUACAGUGCCGUUUGGAUGACACAGUGAUUUGUGAGCUGGGGAAUCCACUUAAAGGCAACGAAAAGGUCGCACUAACCCUCAGGUUUGAGACCUCAGGGAUCGAUUUGUACACAGACGAGAUUGAGUCCCAGCUGCUUCUGUCCACUGUUAGUGAGCAGAGUGACCUGAAGCCUGUGCCUGUGGCCCUGCUGAUUGAAAACACCAUCAACCCCACCUUCUCCAUAGCAAAACCGCUGGUGUCAACAGAAUUUAGUGGGACGGUAAUGGGCGAGUCAGCCAUGGUCAACACCAGUGACGUUGGCAGUCUGGUGGAGUUCACCUUCGAAGUGGACAUGCUGGGACAGCCCCUGGGAGACAUGGGGACUCUGGCUGUGGAGUUUGAGUGGCCCUUUGAGGUAGCCAACGGCAAGUGGCUGCUGUACCUGACGGAGAUUGUUGUUAAAGGGCAAUCGGAGACGGAAUGUAACUCUGCUGAACGAGUUGUCAACAUGCUUAACCUAACGUUGUCAGAGAGCUGGCGAAAACGUACUAAACGACAGAUCGUGGUGGAUGAUGUCGACGAUACAACAAAGCCACAUAUUAAUGAGCCACAGGCAGCCAUCAAGCUGCUCACGCCUCGCAGAGAGACCUACCUGUUGGAGUGCUCCAAGGGGACAGCUCGGUGCGUGACAUUUAGCUGCCCGCUGUACAACGUGACGGACAAAGCUAAGAUAUACGUGCGGUCCCGUUUGUGGAACAGUACGAUGCUAGAGGACUAUCCCAAUGCCCUGAGAAUUAUAGUCAGAGGUCAAGCCACACUAAAGCUCAAUACAGAUAAACCAACCAUUAGGAUGGAGAGAAAGACUGACAUGUUCACAGUAGAAAUAGAGCCAGUGGAGAGGGAGGAGGCACCCUACGAGCUCCCGCUGUGGAUCAUCAUCUCUGCAGCUGUAGCUGGAAUUCUCCUGCUGGGAAUAAUCAUUCUUAUACUAUGGAAGCUUGGAUUCUUCAAGCGAGCCGUCUACUACCGGAUAAUGCCAAAACACCAGGGGGUGAAAAUUCGCAAGGCUGAGCGCUAUCAGUUCAAUCUGGGAUUUCAGCCUGAGGAGCCACAGAAAAAGUAUUGGAUCACCAACUGGACAGAAAUGCAGCAUUACUACUACUGAGGCCUUUUACUUUGGGCCCUGAACCACUCAGCGUCACAUUGGUUUGACACGGGCCAUACAAAGAACAAUGGGCUCGGUCCAGCCACAUGGACUUUGCACUGCGUGGACCAACUGUGGAUAGUGCAUUCCUUUUUUUUUUUUUUUUUUUUUUUACUUUAAGUAGAUUUCAUCAAUUUUUUUCAGUGCAAUAUACUGAACAGUUUGUUUCAGAGAUUGUAAUUUGUUAAGUAUUUUUCAUGAAUGCAGUGUUUGAAUCGGGGUUGCAUUCAGGAGUAAAUUGUAAAUGGUUCUGAUUACGGUGUUUGCAUAUAUGUUUCCAUUUUUUUUUCCCUUUCUGAAUCAUCCAAGCAAAGUUGCUGGUCAUUCAUCAUGCUAAUUUCCACCAUGUCUGUUUUCCUCUCUAAUCAGAGGAGUGAGUCUAUUGAUCUUCUCUGUGAUUGUGUUUGUCUUAUCCUGCUCUGUCCCCAGGCAUCACUUUGUGGUCGGCGGCUGUAGGCUAUGUACGGGGUUUGAACCUACGUCAGUCUUUCAGGAGAUUGUUUUUCAAACUGCACUAAGAAUAUGUUGACCAGCAUUGAGCAUCUUUAUUUGAAUAUUACUGUUUGGCAAACAUUACAAAAACUAGCAUUUCUUAUGGUUUUGGCACUGACCUCCAAAAAGUGUGUUUUACAGGCUACGUAGAAAAAAUAUUCCCCUGGUUUCAGGGAAUAAAUACAGAAAGGUACGGGAAAAAAGUGCCAUUCAUUGGUUAAUAAGACAUUUUAUAGCCCAGCUUGAUACGCUUUAAUUUGCCCACAUAAAACUCCAUGCAUAAGUCAUCCAAGCACCCCUGCAACACAUUGAAAAGCAAUAGCUUCUUGUCUGUAUGUAGAUUUAGCCAACAUAUGUUGAUGAGAUGGUGGGAGCACACUUGAUUAUUAUUUAUUACACUGUCUUGUGUUAUUACAGUAAAGAACGUAUCUUUAAAAAAUAUCACAAACAGGGAGUCACGACACUGGAGUAAAUAAUACAUGACGGUAUAUACUGUAUGUCUGGAGACUGUAAGCUCUAGCAUACAUAGUUAUGUUAUGAAUUGUACAUAGUGACAAGUUACAGUGAACUGACUUAUCUGAAUGAAUGGAAAUGUCAUUGGCCUUUGUCGUUCCUCUGUCCCGAAGCUUUGUAUUUUUGUAUGAGACAGUAAAAUGACACUUGGAUUGUUUCCAAGCCAUUGUGGCCCCCAUUGAGGUCAAUCUGCAGCACUGAAAACAGACUGGACCAGGAGAGGACAGUCACUGAACAGUCUCUGAUGGGACCAAGUGUUGCAUUACCACUCUCGUCCGUGUUACCUGAGAGCCCGCAGGUUGUGACUGUGACAGAGGCUCCUUUGACUCUGUGAGUAAAGAGGGAAAGGCUGAAACCAAUGCACAAACUCUGUUCUCUGUCCUGGUGGUUUUUCUUUUUUUACUGUGCAGUUUCAGUGUAAUUAAAUUGUUUUUACCAA